AGCAGCUAAUCACAACUAACACUUAGAUGAUGUAGCGUAAAAAAACAACAACAAAAGAGCCCAAACAUGAGCAGCAGAAACAUUCACAAGAACGCCGUGCGUGUGAAUAACAUCACCUACCGGAAGGAGUCUUGUCAAGUCAGCAAGAGUGAAAUAGAGUUUCAGAAGUCAGUGAUGAAGGCAAAAUCCGUCGCUGACCUGCACCUGAAAUUUGCAGAGAAGACAUGGAAUGAGACCUUUCAGCUUGUCCGAAGAUGCAUGGACAAAUCCAGAGAUGAAUCCAAACCUUGUGAGCCGCUGGUUAGAUCCCUGGAAAGGCUCCAGGAAGUGUUUAAUGUUUCCUCUAUGAAUACCAUGAAGUCUCGUCUGGAAGUAAUUGCCAAACGCCAAGGAAUGGGCUUUCACAUCACUGAGGCCACAUGCUACCUGACAGCUGAUCUGUUCUACCUGGAGGUGGUCUUACUGCCGUGUGGCGGGGUGGAGGAGGUAAAAGUGGCCCUGCAUGGAGAAUCCCCUGUUCACAGUGAGUCUCUCCUUCAGCUGCUGAGGUCAAAACAGUUUGCUGAGUUCUCCGUGAAGUUGGCAGGCCUCUUCGCCCAGUACAACAUCCCUGAAGACAAUGAAAUCAAAUUAAAAUUGUUUGCAUCUCUACAAUGCCUCGGGAAAGACCUGCAGCAAAUAUCACAUUUGCCAAGGGUUCCAAAAGAUGCUGACCCCCAAGUGGAUAUGAUUAACAAUGGCAGGAUUGGUUGUCUGAUAGCUGGAAAAGAAGAUUGCCCCCUGACUAUCCAGUUCUAUAUCACCCCGACUGAUGAACUGAAGACGUCAGAUAGACGUAAGAUGUCAAAGUUGCCAAACGACUUCAGAUUUGUCGAAAAUAUGAGGGAGACAGUCGUCCAGGCAGCCCAGGUGACUGUAGGUGUCAGCGAUGUGACUCACAAGCUUCAGAUGGCAUCUGUGAUCCCACAGCCUCCACAGCUGGAUGCCCAGGGAUAUCCUGUGUUCCUGCCGUUGGGUGAGGGGCUGUAUGAGACGUCUGCUGCCUGCUUUCUUAUGAAACUGCAGCCAGAGAUACCAAUGACUCUCGCUUUCGUAAACAAGCUCAGCCAAAUUACAGAUGUGACCAUACCAGAUGUUGACCUGCAGUGGGCACCCUUACCCAAGCUUCUGAUGAGACAUUUACCGAGUGCUAACAGCCACAGGGAGACAUUAAAUCAGCAGGAUGCUAUUUUUACAGUGCCUCUUCCUGGUGGUGUGAUGCACAGUUAUGUUCUCCCUGGAGCAGCAUGGGAGGUGCCUGCCCACAGAGCGACUGUCAUGGACAGUAUUCCCUUCACCCACCCUGCCCAUGUCCCAGCCCUGCUGCAGCUGCUUCGACACCAGUGUACCAUCAACACCCUGCUGAGGAGCUGUAUGACCUCUCAGUGUGCCAGAACAAGUUCAGUGUGUGACCAGCACUUGGAAGUCCUUCCGGAGUCAGAGACCAGCUUCUCUGUGACCUUCCACCGACCGGACACGGACACCCUCGCUGUUUUGGUGGUGAAUAUAUCUGACGCUCAUCAGAUUACCUGCACUUUGUUUGGAGCAGGAAUAGAGGAUCACUCUAUGGAUGAAAACCUUUCCACUAUCAUGAAGAGGUGCACGUCCAUUCCUGUGACCUUGAGGAUGUUAUACAGCAAGCUAGAGGAGAUCACCUCUGCCCCACUUUCUCCCAGCCGCCUGGCCACCUCAAAGGCUGAAAAUGACCACUAUGCUCCCUUAAGCGGCACUGUGGCAGACCCCAACAGCGCCUUAACCACAUUCUCCCAGAGUGCAGCUGUGCCAGAGGACACUUUCAGUGUUCAGCCUAGUUCCGCCUGCUAUGCCAUGUCGGUUUCCAAAUCUGAGCUUCUUCCUGAAAUAAAUACAAGUCCUCCUGUCAACCUUUACCCAUUCAAUCCUGUUCCAAUGUUUUCACAUUGGACGACCAAUAAUGGCCACCUGUCAGAGCUGAUCUGAAACUGUGUGUGCUUUACAUGUUUAAGCCUCUUAAAAAUGUGUUUAAUUAAAUAAAUGUUUUGGUAAAGCAACUA